GCAUGAUGACACUGACCUCCAUGGUGCUCACCUUUUUGGCGGUGAACUUCUACAAGAUGAUCUUCACAAAGGAGGCGCACGAUCGGAAGAUGAAGCGACAGAUGGAGCAGACGCUUGAAGCCACGCGGGAAGCCCAGGAAGGCAGCAUUCAGGUGGGCUUCGGCAAGAAACACGCCUUCUUCGUCUUGGCCUUCACCACUGGGCUGCGUGAAGGUCUGGAGUCCAUCGUCUUCCUGGUGGGCGUCAUCUCCGAUGUCAAAGACCUCAGCAGUUUGCCCAUUCCCAUCAUCAGUGCCCUGGUCCUGUCGCGAUUGGUGGGGUGCUGCUUCUUCCAGGGCACUAAGAAGGUGCGUGUGGAUUGGUUCAUGCGCGGCUCGGCCAUCCUUCUGAUGUUCAUUGCGGCAGGUUUCUUUAGCGCCUCGAUGCAUCAACUGCAGGAGCUGGAUGUCUUCGGCAUCUGGAGUCCACGUGCGGAACGGCCCUGGCAGAACCAGCAGGUCUGGGAUGCCCGGGAGUGCUGCAAUGACAAGACCAACAGGUUCUUUGUGCUGAUGCGAGCACUCUUUGGAUGGCAGGACCAGGCGACUCCCAUCGAGAUCUUUGCGUGGCUCCUCUACUGGGUCGUUGGAAUGUUGCUGGUGGGCUGCAUGAUCCGACGAGCCAAGCAGCAGCUGGCGAAGAAAAUGGAGGAAUGGAAGAAGCAGGAUGAGGCUGCCGAGGCUGCCAAUCCCGCCAUCAAAGAAACUCCAUCAGGAGAGGCUGCAUUGUAGGGUGGUGAAGGUGCUGGAGGCACCACAGCUGGCUUGGACAGAGAUUCCAGUAGCGAAUCGCAAGUGAGCUACACUUGCAACAGUAUAGGAGCGGUUGGUAUGUCUG